AUGUCCAUCCCCGAAACCUACAAAGCGUUCAGGCGUAGCGCCGGCGCCCUGCCCCAAACACUAGAUUUGGUAUCAGAAAAGAUCCCAUCAACGCUCAGCCCCUAUGAUGUUUUGAUUCGCAUUCAUGCCAUUUCCCUUAACUACAGGGAUAUUGCAAUGAUGGAUGGAACAUACCCAGUCAAAGUUAAUCAUCGCGGCAUCCCAGGAUCAGACUGUGCUGCGGAAGUUGUGGCGAUCGGGUCUGAUGUGAAAGAUUUCAAGAUUGGAGAUCGUGUUACGCCUAUUUUCGACUUGAACAAUAUCGACGGCACUGAAGAGACGCGCAAUGUUCUUGGUGGUGAUACUGAUGGCGUGCUUCGCCAGUUUGCGGUCUUCGAUCAGAAAGUCUUGCUGCAUUUGCCGGAGCAUCUUUCUUGGGAAGAGGCUGCCUGUAUUACAUGCGCUGGAACGACCGCGUGGAAUGCAUUGGAUAUGCCGCGAAACAAGGGCACCGCUCUACUGCUAGGCACCGGUGGAGUGAGCAUGUUCAGUCUACUCAUAUGUCUAGGAGCUGGCAUCAGGCCUAUCAUCACAUCUUCCUCGGACGACAAGCUCAAGCUUGCGUUGUCCGUUGGUAAGCCCGGGUUCAUUGAUACCAUCAACUACGGAACACAUCCAAAGUGGGAAGAAGAGGCAGGUCGCUUGACGAAUGGACGAGGAGUAGAUAUUGUUGUUGAAAACGUGGGCCCUACUUCGAUCGCUCAGAGCCUUUCUUCCCUUGCGCGGAGAGGGACUGUGUCUUUAGUUGGAUUCCUGGGAGGAUUCGACAUGGAUCAUUUCCCCGAUGUUAUUACCCUGGCGUUGUUGAAGACUGCCACGAUUAGGGGAAUUGCCGUCGGCUCGAAGGCCGAUCAACAAAAUCUCCAUGACUUCCUUGUCGAGAAAAAGCUUGGGUUGAGGCCUCUCUUAGAUGAGAAGAUCUUCUCUUUUGAAGAUUCCCAGGCUGCUUUCGAUUACUUGUCUUCGGCUAAGCACGUGGGCAAAGUUGUGAUCAAAGUAUGA